AUGUUUGAGGACUCCUUCCAAAGCGGAUCUCUGUCGAUCCUGUACAGUGUCGGGAACAAACCCCUGCAGGGCUGGGACACGAAAGUAAAAAUUGGUCACAUUAAGAGAAUCACAGACGAAGACAUUGACUCGUCAGUGUUGGAGCUUGCGGGUACCAACAUCAACACCACCUUCAUCACAUGUCCGGCGGAUCCCCACAUGACACUGGGCAUCAGACUUCCAUUCAUGGUGAUGAUCAUCAAAAACCUCAAGAAGCAUUUCUCUUUUGAGGUCCUGGCGGCGGACGACAAGAACGUUUGCAGACGUUUUCGGGCGAGCACUUAUGUGAGCACGACAAAACUGAACCCGUACAACUGCACCAUGCCCCUGCGCCUGACCGACGGCUGGAACUACAUUCAGUUCAACCUGGCGGACUUCAUCGAGAAACUCUAUGGCACGCAAUACGUUGAGACGCAGCGUGUGCAGAUCAACGGCAACUGUCGGAUCAGGAGGGUUUAUUUUUCGGACAAGUUUGACGCCGAGGAAGACUUUCCGGAAGACUUUGAGAAUGACCUACCCAUUCAUAAUCAGCAGGUCAAGCAGCAACUGGCACCAUUGCCUCAGAAGGAAGAAGAAUGUGGAGGAGCUAUGGUUGUCACGCAACACGAGAAAGGUUCUUAG